AUGGGGACCUUUGAAACUUUGAGGGAUGAAGGCGAGCAUUUUGUUCAUGUUCAACAAUACAAACGAGCCAUUGACAGUUUCACCAAGGCUUUAGAAAUGAAGGAAGAUGAUCCAACCUGUCUGGUUAUCAGAGCUAAAUGUUAUCUAAUGUUGGGGAAUGCUGAGGCUGCUCUGGAAGAUGCUGAUCAUGCCUUAAAAUAUGAAGAUGAAAAUGGCACUAAAGACAUUAGAGCAUUGCUAGUGAAAGCAGAAUCUUUGUAUCAGAAAGGUGAUUUCGAAACAGCUCUAGUUUAUUAUCACCGUGGUGACAAGCUACGCCAUGAACUGAAAGAUUUCCGACUAGGAAUCCAGAAAUCACAAGAAGCUAUCAACAACAGUAUUGGAGAGCCAGAUUCAGUGAAAUUAGAAACAACAGGUGAUCUCUCGUUUUUUCACAGACAAGAAGAGCAGAAACAGGGGUACUAUAAACCACAACAGAAAAAAGAGGAGAAGAAAGAGCGGAAUAGACCACAAACGGCGUCAGAUCCAAAAACUACCAAACAACUAUUGGGCAACCUCUUUCAAGACAAACAGUUUUUGGAAAGUCUCUUUGAUGAAAUGACAAGCAAUAACACAGACACAGGAGAGUUUGUUAAAGGGAGAGCAUGUGAUGGUUUAGAAUAUCUCCAUUCACGUUCCGAUUUCUGGCGCCAACAGAAACCAAUGUAUGCUCGGAAACGUGACAGGCAGCGCCAAGAUGAAAAAUUAAUGCGAAAAACAGAUAAAGAAUCCACCGGCAAUCCUGUUCAGUAUAUUUUAGAUAGACUUGAACAAAUUGAUGACGCAAUCGCUAAAGGUCAUUAUGAAGAGAGUUUGAAGAAAUGUAAACAUCUGAUGAACAAAUUAAAGAGUUGGACGGAAAAUGACGUCAAAAACAAAGAAGAAUACGUGGCCAAUGUUUAUAGUUGUAUUGGUAACGCUAAUUUAGAAAUGAAUAAAUUAGAUCUUGCUUUAGAAAACCACGAAAAAGACCUGAAAAUAGCAGAUGAACAUGAUUUAACAGAUGCUAGAUCGAGAGCUUUAGAUAAUAUUGGUCGUGUUUAUGCCAGAAAAGGACAUUAUCAGAAAGCUAUAGAUAUAUGGCUAGAAAAGGUCAAACUUAGUAAAACCUCCUUAGAAAGUACCUGGUUGUAUCACGAGAUAGGCCGCUGUUAUUUUGAGAUGAAAAAAUACCAAGAGGCCAAGGAAUAUGGAGAGAAGUCUUUGAGUGCUGCCAAGGAGGCCAGUGAUGAGGGCUGGCAACUACAUGCCUGUGUUCUAGUUGCUCAAUCUGAAGUUAAAUGUGGAGAAUUUCAAGCAGGAGUAGUCUCUUUUGAGCAAGCAUUAGAAAUGGCCAGGAACCAAAAAGACAAAUCUGCAGAGAAAGCUAUUCAAAAUGCGCUGGAUGACGUAAACCAACAGAUAGUGAGUGGUGUUGUACAAUCGGAGACUCAACAGAAAGAAGACAAGUCAGACUCUGAUGGAGAAAAGAAAAAAUCAGACCGACCUUCAUCUUCAUCAUCAUCAUCUUCUUCUUCCUCCAAAAAAAGUAGCUCAGGUAAUGUUGAUUUCGACUCAGAAGUUUAA